GCUGCGAGCUUUAGCUUCACGGAUUACAAAAUGGUACUUACGCCGCGUCCCCAGCCGAACCAGUCAGACGAGAGGCCUACGAUAAUGCUACGAGGCGGCACGCAUCGAAAAACUGAGCAAAAAUGCCCGCGGCGGGUCGAUAUCUAGCUUGUGCUGGCAUCGCAAAUCGCUUGCCUUGCCGCCGCGCUGCGCGUCGCCGGCGGCUUACGAGGGUCAAGCGAAGGUCGCUACCACGUGCGCCAUGGCUACAGCACAACCGCUGGUCGCGCAGCGGAGGAAUAGACCUUGUACACAAGGUCUCGAGACCUUCCGCGCGCGGCACUAGAGAGAGAAGACGCGCGACCGCCCCUCCCCUCGCAGCAGAAGGUUGUCCUCGCCCUCCUCGCGGGCUCCGCGGCCGCCUUCCAGGCGCCCGCGGCCGCGCCGGCGGCGACCGCCAUGGCGAGCGCGUCCGUCGACGAGACGCGCAUCGGCGUCCAGGCGCCGGCGGGCUUCUGGGACCCGCUGGGCCUCUCGACGACGCAGCCCGAGGGCUUCGAGCGCCGCCGCGCCGUCGAGCGCAAGCACGGCCGCAUCGCCAUGGUCGCGAUCACGGGCUGCGUGCUCCACAACGCCGACGUCGAGUUCCCGGGCUACCUGUCGCUGUCCCAGCAGCUCAAGUUCUCGGACAUCCCCAACGGCGGCCAGGGCAUCUUCAACAUCCCCGCCGCCGGCGUCGCGCAGAUCCUCCUCUUCUGCGGCCUCGUCGAGAUGGCCUGGUGGCCCGCGUCGAAGUACGACGGCGACUACAACGUGGGCUUCUUCGGCGAGAAGCUCAGCCCCGAGAAGAAGACGCAGAAGCUGAACGCCGAGAUGGCCAACGGCCGGCUCGCGAUGCUCGGCAUCUUCGGCAACAUGGUCGCCGAGGCCCAGACGGGCCAGACGCUCGGCGAGCAGAUGGGCGCGGGCAACAUGAUCCCGUUCUAGAUUGUGUGCUUGGCCUGUCUGAUCGUCGGAUGCGCGGCGGCGCGAAGAGUAACUUGAUUUAGCCGAA